AUGACCCUCUUCAACCCGACUUCCAUUUUGGUGGGCUUCUUGCUCCUUUACCUCUCGUCGUUCUUCGUCUUCGCGAUCGUCCGUAUUGCAACAGGAAUAUCCAUUCAAAGAAUCGGCUAUUUCUCUCUUCGUCGAAUCGCAUACGCCCCGAGGGAAGGUCUCCUAAUUGAAAUACGUGGACUCGGGUUCUCGCUACACCCCCCGUCCUUUGCGCAACCAACAUGGAUUAGUAUUCGGUUGACGGAAUUGAAGGUGACAUUGGAUACGACUACAUUGGCAAAGGGAAAGACAGAGGCACCACGAGAUAUUUUGGGAUCCCCGACCCCGAGUAGCCCCGUCCCCGAAAGUGCAACCCCCGAGUCGGCCACCCCGCGGAGCAAAACAUGGAAGACAUUGACUCGGAUCAAGGAGCGGCUGAAGAGCUUGCAUCGACAAAUCAACUGGCUGGCCCUGAUUGAUGUCUCUGCUGUCAAUUCGACUGUGCAGUUUGUUGGUGCUGGCCAGGUUCAGGUUGGGUCGUUGUCGCUAGCGGUGGACACACGGAGUAAGAUGGUGGAACGGGGUAAGCUCUUUCGGCGCAAGAAGGAUAUGUCAAGGGAACAACGCCCUGCGGAAUGGAUCAUGAAUGUUCAAAACGUUCUGCUUGCUGUGGAUGGUCGGGAGCCGACGGAGAUUCUGGAUAAUGUUGGAGUGAAUCUUCAUGGGUUGCUCUACAAGGAUCUGGAGGGACUCCGUGAUGCUUCUGUAGCGCUGAAAAUUGGUCGACUACAUCUUCCAUACGAUGACCUCAGUUUACUACUUCAGCGCAUCAAAUCAGCCCAGAAAGCCCCAUCUAAGGAGCCGUUGCGCAGUCCAGAGACGGAUGACGAAAUCUCGUUUGCUGACUUUGUGGAGGAGCUCGACAAGCCUGGAAGCCAGAAUGAUUCAUUAGUACAAACGGUCGCCGACUCCAAGGAAUUUGCUAGCUCUUUGCUCCGCGGUAUUCAAGAGAUUCAGGUUGCCCUGAGUUUCUUUCGUCUCUCUCGCAGCCUGGGGUCUCUUUCCGCAGGCCAGCAGCCGGUUUUCUUGAAUGUGGUUUCACAUGAGCUUGGUGUUGAUCUUCACCGAAUGGACCAAAGGAGCCCUGAGCAUCGCAUGUAUUUCCAACGAGACGAUGUUGCUCACCAAGCCCUGCUCGCAGCCAUUUCCCUCUCUGUCAGCUUGGAUGAUAACUCGGGAGAAACUGACAACAUUCUCUAUAUUCCCAUGGCCACGACGACUAUCAAGACCACGCUGCCAUCAAAAACCGUCAAUGCAUUUGAUGAUGAAAAUCCCGAAGAGCGCAACUCCAACAUUCUCUUUGCCAACCUGGUUAUCACGUCUCCUUCGCUUGAUUUGCAACCCCAACAUGUCUCUCGACUAUUGAAAUUGGCACAAGCGCGUGCAUCAUCUCCACGAGUCAAGAAGCGGAGCAACCAUCAAUUAAUCUCCCGCUUGUUACCCAAAGCAACCAUCAAGUUGUCUGUUCAUGAGCCCGUGAUUCGAUUUGUUCUCCCCAUCAAAGAAGAGUCAGGUACUCCGGACGACUACAAUCUCCUCAUUUCAUCAAUUUCGUCAAUCUCGCUGGAUAUCGAAUCGUCACAUUCGUCAGAGGGUGGCGCGCACUAUUCGCUUUCUGCUAUUUACCGUGUUGCGUCUCACAAGUUUUACUAUCAGACCCCUGCUGGUGACAAGCAUAAUUUGCUCACGACCGAGACUCUAGAAUUCAAGGCACACUUGAAUGCAAGCCCUCAGGUCUAUGUCAUCGCUUCAGGAAGCUUGAAUGAAUGCUCUGUCCACAUGAUCAAUGGAGAUGUCAAUCGCGGGAUUCGCGAGGUGCUCGAGCAAUUCCGUACGCAUCUCCAGACGCCAAAGCGUGUCCCAAUGCCUCAUAACGAGCGCAAGAUUAGUCCAAUGAGAAAGAUUCCACCGUGGCUUCUUCAGUUCUCAUUUGAGUCCACUGGAUUCAGCCUUGAAGUUGCUGGUGUGGAUAAGAGCGUGUCUGAUAUUUCCCGAGGUGUUUCUUUACAACUGCAAUCCUGGACAGCAGAGUAUAAGGCGCAGAAGACGGAGCAGAGCGUUGGUAGCAUUGCCAGGAGGCGUACAUCCAGUCAUUCGACAAUGGCAGACGAAUCGCCCUUUAGAUUCACACCAACAUCUCCCCCAAAGAACAUUCAGCGUGGUGCUACAGAUGGCAGACGGCUUGCGCUCCAUGUACGUGGAUUUGAUGGAUUCGUCAUUGAAUCCGAUGACUAUCUUGAGCCGGAGCCUUUCUUCUCUCUCCCCCGGUUUGAAAUUGCCUUGAGCACACAAAGUGACCGAAUGGGACCUAUUUUGCAUGUGAACUCUAUGUUCAAGGGAAUCUACCUGCAAUACUCUCUCUACCGGUUCUAUUGCGUGGGUGUGGCGAUUUCUGUCAUUCAAGAUGUGCUCACGCCUUUACCUCGAGACUCCGACUCCACCCCAAAGAAGCAGAGAGGAGUCCCAAGCAUAUCGUUACCACCUCCCCCAUAUUCUCCAUCCGCUGCUUCAAAGAAUGAGCUUAUUACGGUCGAUAUCAAGGCGACUGUUGUUCAGCUCAAGACAAAUCUGCCGAACGAUCCUCCAAUGAUGCUUCAGAUCUACGGCCUAGCUGGUAACUCUCAACGACUCUCUACCCCCUUCAUCAAGGCCAAUCUUGUUCGAAUUCACGCUGAGGCACCUAAAAUCAAGGGUGUUUGGGCAAGAAUUGGUAGUAUGAACAAUGUGCGACUUGACUUCCGCAAGAUGAAAUACAAGCAGGGCCCCAAAAAUUUAGUCGAAGAGCGGUCCAUUGACUUGUGGGCUGAUUUCAUUAGACUUGGCGUGCCCCACCAUAUGGUUAUGCAUCGCAUCUUUGAUAAUAUUAUCAACACUUCAAAGGCCUUCAAACAGUUGCAUCACCGUUUCAAGAAUCGCAGCCGAGAGUUUGUCUCCGUCCGAGAGCCCAAGGGUCCAAAGAAAGUGCCAAGAAUAACUCUGCGCACUAAAGCGCUCUUAUUUGAACUCGAAGAUGAUGCUUUCGAAUGGAAGCUUGGCUGCAUCUAUCGAACCGGGUUGAUUGAGCAGACACAACGUGUAGCCCGCGAAGAGGCUUUCUACCUAAAGGCACAGAAGGUUAGAGAAAGAGAGUCGGAUCAACGGCGGGCUUCAUCGCGACUUCGUGCUAGAUCCAGCCACCGGACUCUUCGUAGCGAGCGGACAAGUCAAGAUACUCGCAGGAGCAAGAGUGUGGACACACGGACGAAGCCAGAUGACCCACCACCUCGUAGCCGGGGCGGUAAAUACCGCUAUGAUACUGAAGGUGCAACUUGCUUGACUGCUGAGCAGAAAAUUGCCACAGAUACCGCAUGGGCUCGUCUCCAGCAACAUAAUGCCCAAGUCUGGAAAGAGAAGAUUGAUGCUGCUCUUAAAUUCCAGGGAACCUCCAUCAAGGAAGUUCGAAACUUGUUCUCUGGCGCGGACGAACCUCCGGAUGACGCUAAAGAGACUGAGACUAUUCUCGCAAUUCCGAACAGACCAGGUCUGUUGUCUGCCUUGAUCAGUGAUGUAAACCUGGUUAUCGACAAGCCCUCUUUCCCUAUCGAGGAAUUCCCCAAGUUUCUUCACCAUAUUGGAAAGGGAAUGCCAUUAUCCAUGAAAUACGGCUUGCUGGUUCCGAUGAAUUUCAACCUCGAAAUGGGUGAAGCGCGUGUCAAUCUACGAGACUAUCCGUUGGACCUAUUGCACAUCCCAUCUCUACGUCCCGGACAGUCUCCACGACUUCCUAGCUGGUCAUUGCGGACCAAUUUUGUCAUCGCUGAAGAGUUCCGCGAUCAUGAAUCUGCAAGACAAGUCGAAGUGGAACUUAUCCCGGCGACUGAGGCUGCGGAUGGCUCUCGUAUUGAUCCAUUCAAGAUGAAGGUCUGGCGUUCGGUCUCUCCUGUCAAGACAUACUCCGAUCCAGUCAUUGAAAUUAAUACAAGCCUACCCACGAGCAUCUCUUGGGGAGUCUCCUACCAGCCUGUGAUUCAAGAUUUGAUGAAGAUCAUUGAAGGUUUCACCAAACCUGAGAUAGAUCCAUCAGAUCGCGUUGGAUUCUGGGACAAGAUUCGACUCAGCUUUCACUCUCGUCUCAAGGUGCUUUGGAAGGAAGAUGGUGAUGUUCAUCUGCGCCUCAAAGGUUCUCGUGAUCCAUAUGUGGUGACUGGAUUCGGAAGUGGUUUCGUCAUGUGCUGGCGCAAAGAUGUCAAAUGGGAGAUCCACUCUAAUGAUGAUCCAAUGGAGUUCAUGAGUGUGACCAGUGGUGAAUAUGUACUGGCGAUUCCCGACUACAGUGCAGAGGCUCGGUGGGCCAAUGAACUGAGCACAGAAGACCUGGAAACCAGCUCAGCGUCUAGUGAACAGAAGAAUGCUGCCCACUUCAAGAAGGUGGUGAUGAAGCUCUCUGGUGAUGUCAAAUGGUCUGCUGGGCUGGUGUUUGAGCGUGAUAUUGAUGCAGAUUCGCGGUCUUUCGCCUUCAAGCCGCAUUAUGAGGUCAUUCUCAAAAACCCGAAGUUCCUCAGUGCAGAGCAGCGCGCCAACUAUGAUGCUUAUCGCGGCUUCCGAAGCGAUCAUAUCCAUCUUUCUGUAUCAAUCAUUGCCCCCUUGAACCGAAACUGGUCUGUCGAUGGCGUUCAGCCAUCCGCAAGCUACAACACCACCCAUUUGUCUCCGCGUUUCUUCACUCAUUUCUACAGCUGGUGGUCUCUGUUCUCCGGCGUAAUGUCUCUUCCUGUUCGUCAAGGUGCUCUUUUCCCGGGUGUCACUAAGACUAGCAAGAAGUUCAACCGGCAUUUGGCAACUGUCAAAUACAAGAUUCUGCUCGCUCCGUUGUUUGUGGCCCAUAUCUACAAGCACAAAGACCGUGAAGAUUAUUCUGAGGAUGCUGUGACUGCCACUGGUCUAAAGGUUCGUCUCGACUCCUUGAAACUUGAUAUUCAUCAACGCCGUGAGCAAGUCAGGACCCAAGCUCGUGGUCGCUCUAAGCAAACUAAGACAAGCGCGAUGCGCAUCCACCAAGCUCUUAUUGACUUGCAAUCGGCCGAUUUCCGUGCUGUUUCGGCAACCAUUGAAGGCACAUCGGCAGAGGACAUCGAAAAGACCAAAGACGACAUCAUCUCUACCUUCCAGCAGCCAGUGGCAUCAGUCGAUCUAUCCCGGUUUACCAUCCCCGAUCAAAACCUGGACUGGAUUGACAUGGAUGAUUUUGUUGAGCCUGACUGGAUCUUACCACAAGAAUCCAACCCUCGCACACAAAUUCUUCCGCUGGCAUUCACCCCGCGCUUCACCUAUUUCCGUCAGACAGAUCAUGGCGAAAUUGGACCGGAAGAAACUGGAUACAGUACUUUCGGACAUGAGCCCACUCAUGAAUGCGUGAUGUCCGAGACCAAUGAUCCUCGUCGUGUUCAGAUUGAGUUAAUCAAGGAUCGUCUUGCUACUGUUGAUGCUCAGAUCCGCAACUACGACCGGACUAUUGGAGAACAAGAGCUCAAAAUGAUGAAAGAAGUCGAUCAUGAUGCAGACCUCAAGGCUCAACAUGAGACUUAUCUUCGUCAGGCCGAAUCUCUCACUCGCCGGCGCAAGUUCUUAACAUCAACGCUGAACCGACUUGAGAAGCUCUUGGCGCGUGACGAACGGACACCUAAUAGAAGCCGGCUUGGUGUGAACGCUGCACCAAGUGUGAACUCCUCGCGUACCGGCAUUGAUGCUGAUUCUACUGCUGAUGGUCGUGCUUCUGGUAUCGAUGGCAUCUACUCAUCAGCCAAUGAUGAAUUUUCGAGUGACUUCAACAAUCGCUUCAUGAUUCACAAUGUUCAAUUGAAAUGGAACAACUCUCUUCGAAAUAUCAUUCUCCGAUAUAGUCACCAAGUCAGUCAGCGUCGUGGAUUCGUCUACUACAUGUCCAGACGAGCCGUCAAAUUCAUCCUUGACAUUGUGGACGAGCAAAACAAAAACAAAAGAAAGAACCCCAAGAUGUCUAGGGCGACUACUCGCGAUGAAAAUGACGUUGAUAUUGAAAUUGAUGACGAAAACGUCGAGGACCGCAUUGAGCAAUUGCUGAACGACGCGAAGCGCUAUGUGAACGCAGAGGACACCGAGCCGUCAGAGUCAAACACCCAGUCACCUUCUCAGUCACCGUCGGAUUCAGACAACUCCAGCGAGAAUAUUGCGCCAGAAUUCACACCGCAAAACAGCUACUAUCUGCGGCUCAUUGCCCCUCAGAUCCAACUGCUUAGCGAGAAGAACCGAAAGUCUGUUCUGAUGGUAGCUGCGAAGGGCAUGGAACUCAAGGUCGUGUCAAUCAUGGACAAAGAACGUGUCUCAGACGAUGUCAGUGGCUUGGUUCAACGCCGCUUCUCUCUUGAGAUGGACGGAGCUCAGUUCUUUGUUGCUACCCAGAAGAACCUCAUGGCCAACUUGCAAUUCUACGCAGGCAACAAAUACGGCAAUGCGCCAGGAUCUGCCUGGCCACCUUGGUUGACGCUUGAAGCAAUGUUCGAUUUUGAGCUGAAUCCAUUUGGAUUUUCUCGCAUUGUGCAGAAGACCUCGGCCAGUCUCCGCUAUGACAAGUACAACAAUCUUCGACUCAAGUAUAAUGAGGAAGUGGGCAAGGGCCAUGAUGAUGCUCACCCUACCGCUGAGGAGGCCCGGAUAGAUCAAAUCAGUGUCGAUUUCCCUCAUUUCCGCGCUAUCUGUGACUCUGCAGAGUAUUACUCCAUGUACAUCAUUGUCUUGGAUCUUAUGCUCUACAGUGAACCGCUUGAGAAAGUUCGGAAUGAGCGCCUUGAGAAGAUCAUGCUUACUUCCGAUUUCAGUGAUCUCCGUGGGGCUCCCGAGGCUGUCUUCAAACUCCAGUCGCGUAUUCGUCAAUUGGAGGAGAUCAAAGAGUACUUCCAGAUUAAUGCCAAAUACCUUGACAAACAGGGCUGGGAGGACCGAUUAGCACUGGAGCACGAUCUGUCUCAGUGCGAGGAUGAGCUAUUCUUCAUGAUGAAGGCCAUCACUACUUCUCAAAGACGUGCUGAGCCUAGCUCGUCUGGUACCAACGGUCUGCUGCGUUGGAGCAUUUCUGCGAGCGAGGUUGUCUGGCAUUUGAUGAAGGAGGCAUCUGCACCUUUAGUGGAAUUCCAACUUCGAAAUGCGACAUAUGAAAGGACAGACAAUUCUGAUGGGUCUAACCAUAACUUACUGGCUGUUGAAAGGUUGAUUGGGUUGAACCUUCUGCCUGACGCUAUCUACCCCCAGAUCAUUGCACCUUACACCGACCAACCUCGUCCUUUGGAUGAUUUCAUGUUACGCAUCAGAUGGCACAUGUUGGAGGCAGUUGCUGGAAUCCCCGUUGUUGACAAUUUCGAGGUCUCUCUCUUCCCACUCAAGAUUCAGCUGGAGCGCGAACUUGGCCAGAAACUCUUCGAGUACAUCUUCCCGAAUAUGGGAGCAGGUGCAUUUGAUAGCGGCGGUUUCUCGCCUUUCAUGAUCAAGAAUAUGAAACCGCUUGAUGGAUCGGAUGGUUCUGACGAUGAUGAUUCGAAUAGCCCGUCGAUAUCUCAAUCCAUCAGCGCCGACGAUGACAGCGUAUCAAUGGAUGAUUUAUCGCUAUCCAAGGGUCCUGGAUCCAUUGAACUUAGAUUGCAGCCAACUCUUUCGCUUUCCGAGGAGGGCAAGUCGAAUCGACGACCCAGCCAUGUCAAGGGCUUGCACAUGACUCCAAUUCACAGAAGCAAUACUCGAUUGAGCGUACCGGAAUCCUCUCGGCAGACAGGUCGUCCUGCAACUACUGGCGGCUUGUCGAAGAAGAAGUCCACUGAGAGUAUCCGCAUGCUUGUCAAGCAGCCGACCGAUAAAUCCCUUUCAAGCCAAAGCACUAGUGAGGAGAAGAAGAAGUUUGCUCUGAGCAAGGGUUCCAAGGGCAAAUCAAAAGAACCGACGGACGAUCUGUCUCAAAUGAUGUCUCGCGCGUCAAACUACAUGACACUGGCUCACGUCAAAGUUCACGAUGUGGUCCUCUGCAUGAGCUACAAGGGCAGAGGCGAACACAACAUCGAAGAUCUCCACGAUUUCGUCUUCCGUCUCCCUGUCUUGGAAUACGGAAACAAAACAUGGUCGAAUUUGGACCUUGCCCUGCGCCUCAAGAAAGAUGUCACCAAAGCGCUUAUCUCCCACGCCCCUGCUAUCCUCGGAAACAAGUUCUCUCAUCACCGUCCUUCUAAGCAGCAGCAGAAGAAGUUCCGUGAGCUUGCGUCUUCGUCUCAACUUCUUCCUAACCCAAGCCAUCUCAUGGACUCAGAGCGAAGUCAUCCUGCAAGCUUAGCGAGCUUUGACUCGAACAGCGAGUAUUACUCCGAGUCUCCGUCGCGCAAGUCCAUGCAGUCGAAUGCUUCUCCUUUGGCUAGAUCUGUAUCUUUCAGCUCCGAUGCUCGCGAUCAUUCAGAUCAUGUCAUAUCGGACACUCGCUCUGCCAGUGAAGUCGAUGUGGAUUCCCGUUGGGAGGAAUCCCGUCGCAUUGUCAAUGCUCCUGGUAGACCGAUGACUGCAGGCCACACUGUGACAACAGUUGAAGCCAACGGCCCCGAGCAGGAAGAAAGUACCAAAAACAGUACCAUACGCAAUCUUAGUCGGAAAUUCACAUUCCGCAACAAAGGUUGA